UACAAACUGUAUGUAAUAAUUAUAUAUGAAGUACUUCAUAAAUGAAAUAUGUCAAAAGUAAAAAAGAGUACACACAGUAGUGAGGAAGCCAGUAGUUCAUCUGGCACUUCCUCUUCGCUAUCAUCAGAUGAAGAAGUAGAUGCACGAGAUUUAAAACCAAUUAAAGAGUAUUUGUCAGAUCGCAGGGAAUUAGCUCGCCAACUAUUUAAAUCUGUUAAAGCAGAAAAGAUACAGAUGAUGUUACCUCAAGCAUUGAAGAAAAUGGAUUUAGGACAGUUAGAAAAGUGGUGUGCUACUGAACUAAGUGGUAUGUCAAAAAGUCGUAUAUUAUGUAUUUUGAAUGGCAAACCUGUGUUAGAAUCAUCAGAUACAACAGAGUCAGAUGACUCAGGACCCUCUUUGGAAAUUAUCUCAGACACGGAAGAAUGGUUUACCGAUGAGGAUAUAUGUAAAAAGGAAGAUGGUUCAAAAGUGGUUAAGGGAAAAAUAAAAAAAGAUAGGAUUAAACAGAAAGGAAAACCACCACUUCCUAAAAAGAAUGAUAAUAAACUUAAUCAGAAGAAAGUUCCUGAUAAUGCUUAUAAAAAUGUACAAGUGAAAAAAGAGGAAGAUGUAGAUGUAAAUAAAGAAAAGGAAGGUGAUAGUUUGUUGGAUUUGUUAGAGUUAGAAAUGCGUGCAAGAGCAAUAAGGGCUUUAAUAAGAAAAGAGGAAGAUAUAAUACCAAAUACAUCUAAAUCUGCUGAAAGCAAUGACACGUCAAAUGAAAAUGCUACAGUUAAAACUGAACAAGAUGAACAAAAGGAAAAGGAGAAUUGUAGGAGACAGUUGGAGAGAAUUAUUAGUGCUCAACAGAAUAGCACUGUUGAAGAUGAAGAUGUAGUACUAGUAGUUCAACCAACUCCAACUAUUGAGUUAUUGUCUAGUGAUAGCGAAGGAGAACCUCAUAGUGGAGUACGUGUGAAUAAAAAAUUAGAGAAUGAACGUGUUAUAGAGGCCAAAGACAAUAUUAAUCAUAUUGAGAAUAAAAAUUUAAGUAAUGUAGAUAGCGUAAAUAGUACAGAAAAUUCGAAGGAAAAUAAAACAACAAAAACCACAACAGAAACACAUAAGGAGGUAGACCCUGCACAUAAAAGUGAAGUUUCUAAGCGUACUUUUAGCAAUAAUGUACCUCACAAGGACAACCAAUCAAAAUCUAGCAGCAAGAGGCGAAAAACGAAAAAGAAGUCACAUGUAAAAGAACAAUCAAAAAGUGUAAAUUCUGAAGUAGACACAGAUGGUUUAAAAUCGUCUAAUGUUAACCAAAAUGUAAAGAAUAUAAAAAACAAUGAAUGUUCGUUGGAAAGUGUGAAAUUAAACGAAGAAGAACACAAGAAUAGCGUUAAAUCAAAAGUAGCACGUGAUAAUUCAUCGUUAAACAAACAAAGUUCCGUAGAAGUAUCAGCUACAUCAGGUAAAGUAAUUUUAGACGAAGAAAAAUCCAUUGACUUAGACGAAAUAAUUGAUUUAGAUGAUUACUGCGACGAAAUGGAUGAGAUGGUAAAUAGUGAAAAUGAUAAAAAUAAAAAUAAGCAAGUUAUAGAAGAUAAGCAGUGCAAACCUCCAGGGGAAUUAAAUUCUCCACAAAAAUCAAACGGAACUGAAACUUGGGCAAGUCGUUACUAUCAAACGGACGAUGUUCAAAACGUAAUAAAAGAAUCAAAGAUUCAGUCGGAAAUUCGGAAACGAUUACGGGAACGUCAAAGGCUUUCCAAACUUAGUACAUCUCCGAAUAAAAAUCCUUCAUUGUCACCGCCUAUAGUAGAAGCUAAUAAUAAAAUUGCAGAGAAAAAUACAACGGGUUCGGUUGACGAAUAUUUGGCUUUAAAACAUACUGCCGCUACAAGCCUUUGUACUGCUACUAGUAACAAUAGUUCUAGUAUAAUUAAAGAUAAUACUACAGAUGUAAAUAAAUUAGUUGAAAAUGAUCAGAUAUUUGCUGCGUAUUCUAAAAUUCAAAAAAUCGACAAAGAAGUUAAUUUAGGUAACAAUGCGAAUAUCGAUAAUCUCCAUAGUAUAAAUAACGAAAAGUUAUGUAGCACUAUCCUAUAA